AUGAUCAAUCUAACCACGCCUAUUNUGCUCUAUAUAAAGAGCCUGGAAUUUAAGACACAAUACAUGCAAAUUAAAUCGCCUUUUUUUCAGAAUACAUAUAAAAAGAGUCAGCUGGAAUUAAUAAGACAUACAUAUAAGAUGAUGAACACAAUUGGCAUGAUCUUCAUGGCCACUCUGUGGAUCCUUAUCAUGCGUCCUCAAAGCGUCUGCCCUGAUCAAAUUAGGAUCAAUUGCCCUUACCACACAACUCUAGAAGGCCUUAUUCUAAAAUCCUUCAGGGACAGAUUGAAAUCGUAUCCAUCUUCAGGUGAUCUUAGUUCCUGGUGCAAAACGGGCGACCCUUGCGAUGGUACUUGGGGUGGUAUCACCUGCAACGAUAACCAUAAUCACGUGACUGCAAUUAACCUUCCACUUAAUUCGCUCGACGGCGUACUGGGCGGGGAACUUGGACAUUUGACGCAGCUGGAGAUUUUGGAUCUGAGUGGCAAUUCUCUGAAAGGACAAAUACCUUGGCAAUUUGAAGAUCUUCAGAUAUUGAAACACUUGGAUCUAAGUCACAAUGGGUUCACCAGUUACAUUCCGUGGGAACUUGGUAAAUGUAUUAGCUUGCAGAAUCUGUAAGGGGUACAAUGGUAAACAACUCUAUAGGGCAGGGCCAUUUCAAAAGUACAUGCAGGUGGUGCAAUUUUUUUUUCCAAAAAAUACAUGUAGUCAUAUAUGAAAUAUCACGCUUAAUUAAAUUCCAUAUCCCGACUUCAUAGUUCCAAACGAACUUAUGAUUUUAUUUUGGGGUCUCAGGUCUCUGGCUUACAAUAGUCUAACGAAUCCAAUACCUUAUCGACAUGGAGCUCCUCCGAAUUUGGUAAACUUGGAUCUAAGUCACAAUAAGCUCACCGGUGGCAUUCCGUGGCCACUUGGAGAUCUUACGAACUUGUAUUCAUUGGAUCUAAGUUUCAAUCAAUUGACCGGUUCCAUUCCGCGGCAACUUGGAGCUCUUCAGAACUUGUAUAUCUUUUUCCUACAGCAUAAUCAGCUGUCUGGCACCGUACCUUAUGAUGCGUUUAAAUAUCUGACUCAUGUCAAUCAUGCUCUAAUGGAUUUUUGCAACAACCCAGAAUUGAACUUCAAAAAUAAGCAUCACAAGUGCCGUGGGAAUUAAGUCGCCCAACACUUCUUCUGCUCUGCCAGUAAAGUUCGGAAGGCAUCACAUACACACACUUAUAUAUAUGUAUGAUACGAUGCUUGAAUAAGCUAGUGAAUCUUCACAACACCUUUGAACCGUGUCUACAAAUAAUUCAAUAUUAAUGUUGCAUGCAAAGCCAACUGAAAAUUUAAUUGGAAUGAUUCCAACGAAAAUUACAAUUAACAUAUUCCGUUUUUCAUUGAAAUUUUAGAUAGAAUUUGAUGAUAUCAUUGAUUUUCUUUACUCCACCUAUAUAAAAUUAACUGCAUGCAUGUGUAUAUUAGUCAUAAUAAUUACUAAAAACAAGAAUAAUCAUCACAAUAAUAUAGCUUCACAUACAAUAACACUCAAAUCAAAACAUAUAUAAAAAAUACAUUCUCACUCGCCGGAGGGCAGGCCGGUGAGUCCGCCGUCGACCACCAAAUUGUGCCCCGUCACAAACCCGGCCUCCCCCGACGCCAGGAAAGCCACCGCCUCCGCCACGUGCUCCGGCGUCAGCACCGCCCCUUUGAGGCUUGUGUACGGCCCCAUCGCCGCCUCAACCUCCUCUGCCGUCCCCAAACCCAUUCUCCCCGCCAAUGCCGUCGGCACCGCCGCCGGCGACACGAAGUUCACUCGUAUCCCGUGCCGGCCUAGCUGCACCGCUGCCGACCUCGCCAACCCCACCACCGCAUGCUUCGACGCGCCGUAGUCCGUGUGCACCUCCGCCCCGCGAUCCCCCAUCACGCUCGCGUUGCACACGAUCGCGCCACCCACACAACCGAGCUCCACCAUCUUCUGUGCCGCGUGCUUCAGGCACACGGCCGUGCCGCGCGCGUUCACCUGAAAGAAAAGAGACGCUCAACAACACUCAGAUUUUUAUUGUUCAAUAUUUCUCUCAUGGAUACUUAUAAAAUUAAUAUAUAAUACAAGAUGCAAAAAUUUGUCCCAAAAACUCAAAUUUAUCUCUUUUUCUUUUGGAAAUCUUUAGAGAACUCACAAAAUUAGGGUUUGGGAUUUACUUUUCUUAAUAAGAUUUCAAAAAGUAUUUGUCUAACUGUUAAACAUAUCAAGUUGAUACUCGUUUGAUUAAUUAAAGAAUAUUAAUUAAA